AUGUAUAAACGACCAAUGCUUCAUGAGGUGCGAAACAAGCAGGAGUUAGGCAGUGAUCAUGUAGCUGUCAAAUUUAAUGACAACAAAGUUGAAAAUAUUGUAACACAUGAUACUGCUGAAGAACCUCAUUGUAAACGAUGUGAUGAACCAUUUACUGAAGAUGAAAAUAUCGUUUGUGUUAAAAAUGACAUCUAUCACCCGACAUGUUUUGUAUGUACUCAAUGUUUACAACCAUUAUCUAAUAAAGAAUUUUAUGAGUUUGAAGGUCGAAGAUAUUGCAAAUAUGAUUUUCAAGUACUUUUCGCACCAUUUUGUUUUAAAUGUGGUGAAUUUAUCAUGUCAAAAGUGGUAAAAGCAAUGAAUCGUAGCUGGCAUCCUGAAUGUUUAGUCUGUGAUGAAUGUGGUAUUCAAAUUGUAAGCAAAGGAUUUCAAAGACAUAAAACAAGAAUCCUGUGUAAAGAUUGUUGGUCUGUUAUAUGUCAAGAAUUAGUUGGACAUCACAUAUGUCAAACAUGUAAUAAACCAAUUGAAUUAAAUAAACACAUCAAAUUUAUGGAACUUGGUUUGGAUGCACAUGAACGUGGUGGUGAAUUAUAUUGUCUUAAAUGUUUCAGUCGUUCUGGUGUAUCAAUAUGCUCAGCAUGCAGACGUCCGAUUGAAGGUCGUAUAGUUUGGGCGCUUGGUAAAGUUUGGCAUGUUGAACAUUUUGUAUGUCAUCACUGUGAAAUACCAUUUAUGGGUAGUAGAAAAUUAGAUGAAAAAUCCAAACUUUAUGAAAUCGAUUUGAAACCAGUAUGUAAAGAUUGUUAUGAUAAAUUACCAAUACAGUGGAAAAAGAUUCUGGCAAAAUUCAUCGUGCAGAUAGAAAAAAAUGGAGUAAUUAAUGAUUAUUUGUAUAUUCAUAAAAAAUAUGUUCAUCGUAUAUGUAAACAAUCAGGACAUAAUCAACAUUCUAUGGGUUUGUUGACAUUAUUAAGAAAGAAAAAAAUUAAUAAAAAUCAGUCUUUAUUAUUUGUCGCAUUCUUAAUUCCACAUGGAUACGAUACUUGCUGUGAUAAUAUUUACAUAGCUAGUAGUUAUAAAUUAUCACUGAGUGGUAGGAUAUAUACAGAAAUAUGUGAAUUAAUAGCAUGA